GCGUGGUGGGAAGGGGCGGGAUCCUGCCGCCGGGGCUGCCGCUGGAGCCGGUGUCCGGGCUGGUGAUGGGGUUAAUUCCCUUCCGUGAGACUCUUCCUUGCAACCAGCCGGCCCCGCCGUCGCCCCGCCACGCCGCGCUCACGCCGCCUCCUCCUGCUCCUUCUCCUCAGUAACGCGGGUGUAGCGAAGUGCAGUGUAAUUACUAAGGAUACUGCUCUUGAUCUUAGAAGACUGAGAAGUGAUAAGCUAAGGGCCACUGGAAGGUAUGAUAUAUUUGAUCCAAGACAGUCCAUUUCAGCCCAGGAAUCUACAGUGGUGACAAGGACAUGGGACUCCUCUCGCGAGAUUACUGUUGGUUCAAUACAAUUGACAUCCUGGCUGACAACUGUGAAAAGGAACAUUGGGCUAUUUUAUUUUAUUUUUGUGGAACACCACAAUCCCAGAUCCAUAGGACACAUCAGGCUUCAAGUUCCCUGUAGAAUUCUAAAGUAACCUUUGCUAAUGAGGAUGUCUGAUAUUGUUAUUAUAAAAGAUGAAACUGAAACAAUGAAGGAUUUGGAGGCAGAAGUGAAAGAUACAACCAGAGUUGAAAAUCUUAUUAAAUCAGAAAACUAUGGGAAGAUUUUGGCAGAGAAGAAUGAACAUUGUAUUGACAACAAUAUUGAUUUGCAGGAAAAAAUUCAAAUCCAGUUAACACAAUCAUUUGAAAAAGAGGAAAAGCCCUCAAAAGAUGAAACAGAUAAAGAAAAAGCCAGUGAUAAGUUGCCAAGAAAAAUGUUAUCAAGAGAUUCCAGUCAAGAAUAUACUGAUUCAACUGGCAUAGAUCUACAUGAAUUUUUAGUGAAUACACUAAAAAACAAUCCCAGGGACAGAAUGAUGCUGCUGAAAUUGGAACAAGAAAUUUUAGAUUUCAUUGGUAAUAAUGAGUCCCCACGUAAGAAGUUUCCCCCAAUGACAUCUUACCACAGGAUGCUGUUACACAGAGUGGCUGCCUACUUUGGAUUAGACCACAAUGUUGAUCAGAGUGGAAAGUCUGUCAUAGUGAACAAAACUAGCAACACAAGAAUACCUGAUCAGAAAUUUAAUGAACACAUUAAGGAUGAUAGGGGUGAAGACUUUCAGAAACGAUACAUCCUUAAGAGAGAUAACUCUAGCUUUGACAAAGAUGAUAGCCAGAUGAGAAUACGUUUAAGAGAUGACAGAAGAAGCAAAUCUAUAGAAGAAAGAGAAGAAGAAUACCAGAGAGCUAGAGAUCGAAUAUUUUCCCAAGAUUCCCUGUGUUCCCAAGAAAACUAUAUUCUUGACAAAAGAAUCCAAGAUGAGGACACUAGUGGUACCCAGCAGAGGCGCCAGAUAUUUAGAGUUAAUAAAGAUGCUUCAGGGAGAUCAACCAAUAGCCAUCAGAGCAGCACUGAAAAUGAGUUGAAAUACUCAGAGCCACGACCCUGGAGCAGCACAGAUUCAGACAGCUCCUUCCGGAACCUGAAACCUGCUGUAACCAAAGCCAGCAGCUUUAGUGGAAUCUCGGUCCUGACAAGAGGUGAUAGUUCUGGAAGCAGCAGAAGCAUAGGCAGGCUUUCAAAAACAGGAUCUGAGUCUUCAGGUAGCGUAGGGUCCUCUACAGGCUCUCUUUCUCACACCCAGCAGCCUCUCCCAGGUUCAGCUCUUAGCCAACCUCAUGGCGCACCUGUCAUCUACCCAGCAGCCAGCACUCACAGUUCUCUUUCCUUUGAUGGUGGCCUCAGUGGUCAAGGUGCAUCUCCUAGCACUAGCUUCCUUUUGCUUCCCUUGGAAGCAACUGGCAUACCACCUGGCAGUAUUCUGAUCAACCCACAGACAGGUCAGCCUUUCAUAAAUCCAGAUGGAAGUCCAGUUGUGUACAAUCCUCCUAUGACUCAACAGCCAGUUCGAACCCAAGUGCCUGGUCCUCCACAGCCACCUCUGCCGCCCCCACCACCUCAACAGCCAGCAGCCAGUCACAUUUUCUCACAGCCUGUUGGUCCUCUGCAGUCCUCUUCUCAGCCUGCUCAGUGCUCUCCAGCCCCCUACCCAUCCCCGCUCCUGCCAGUCUCACCCACCCAGCAGUACUCCGUGGAUAACCUUGGCUCUCAGUUCAGCCAAAUGAGUCUUGCCCGCCAGCCAUCAGCUGAUGGUUCCGACCCGCAUGCCACCAUGUUCCAGUCUACUGUCGUUCUUCAGUCUCCACAACAGUCUGGUUACAUUGUUACGACAGCACCCCCACAUCCUCCCCCACCUCCUCCACCACCUCCCCCUCCUUCCCUGCCUCCUGGGCAGUCAGUCCCCACUGCCAGUUUCUCUGCCUCUGGACAUCCUGUCAGUCAGCCUGUGCUCCAGCAGCAGGGGUAUGUUCCUCAGCCCUCACCACAGAUGCCAGCCUGUUACUGUGCUCCAGGCCACUAUCACUCCAGCCAGCCCCAGUACCGCCCUGUCCCUUCUGUCCAUUACAGUUCACAUCUAAACCAGCCACUGCCACAGCCUGCACAGCAGACAGGUUAUCAAGUUAUGCCCAACCAGCAACAAAACUACCAAGGAAUGGUUGGAGUUCAGCCACCCCAAAGUCAGAACCUCGUGGGAGGCCAGCCAAACAGCACUGGAACUCAUAUCCAAGGAGUGGUCAUCCCCUACCCUUCAGUGCCAUCAUAUCAGGUUUCACUGCCUCAAGGUUCCCAAGGAAUUGCCCAUCAGACUUACCAACAGCCUGUUGUGUUCCCUAACCAGUCUAAUCAAGGAUCUCUGCCCACAACAGGAAUGCCAGUCUACUACAGUGUCAUUCCACCUGGCCAACAAAGUAAUUUAAGCUCUGCAGUUGGUUACUUACAGCAUCCAGGGUCAGAACAAGUACAGUUUCCUCGAACCACAUCACCAUGCAGUUCUCAGCAGCUCCAAGGCCAUCAGUGUGCAGCUGUGCCACAGCAGCCACCUGGUGGAGGAAUGGUGAUGAUGCAGCUCAACCUACCAAACAAUCCACAGUCCCGGGCGCACUCACCCCCACAGUGGAAACAAAACAAAUACUACUGUGACCAUCAGAGAGGGCAGAAGUGUUUGGAAUUUAGCAACAUAGAUAAUGUUGUUCAGCACAGCCCUCAACUUAGCAGCCCCAUCAUUUCUCCAGUGCAGUCACCAGCACCAGCUCAGCUGUCAACACUGAAGACCAUCCGUCCCUCAGGACAGCCACUUUCCAUCAUGUCCCAGUUUGCUAGACCUUUUGUUCCUGCGCAGGGAGAUGCCAGGUAUCCACUACUUGGCCAACCCCUACAGUACAACCCUCCUACUCUUCUGCAUGGACACAUUCCACACCAACAGGGUCAGUCUGGCAGCAGGCAUGGAAACCGAGGACGCAGACAAGCUAAGAAAGCUGCAUCCACUGACCUUGGAGCUGGCGAAGCAGUUGUUGGCAAGGUCUUGGAAAUCACAGAACUACCAGAUGGAAUAACUCGAAUGGAAGCUGAGAAACUUUUUGGGGAACUCUUUAAAAUUGGCGCCAAGAUCCGAUGGCUCCGCGACCCCCAGUCUCAACCCCAGCUACGUCGUCAUCCUCUCUGCUGUGGCAGUGGGGAUAGCACUGUCAACCCCGAGCGCUCUAAACCCAGUGACCUGGCCUCUACCUACACUGUCUUAGCCACGUUCCCCUCCAUUUCAGCAGCACAGAGUGCACUGAAGAAGCAGAUCCACUCAGUGAACAAGUUUAAGCUGAAAAUGAGCAAGAAGCACUACGACUUCCACAUUUUGGAAAGGCCAGCACAGUGUGAACCAACUCAGACUUUGGGAGAAAAAGAAUGCAGGAGUGGAAUAACCGAGUCAAAACCAUGUCAAAACUAUCCUUUGGGGGCUGCUGAGGGUGCUAAGGAGACCCACAAAUAGAUGAUUAUUCCUCCACUGAAUUGCUAAACACAGAAAAGUUUUCCAGGAAAUCCAGAACUCCCUAACAGGGUCCUUCCUUCUUCAUUUAGGUGGUAUGCCCAUUAUGUGUAAGGUAAUUAUGUUCUCAAUGCCUCUUAAUCAAACCACUUAGAUUAAAAAGAAAUAGGAAUCAUCCUAGGCAGGAAAAUUAUUCCACUUUUUUUUAAGUGUCCUUCCAAUAACUCAAUGCCACUCAUCUGCAUUCUCCUAUGUGGAUGUUUUAUCUCCUGAGGAAAUGCACUUGACGAGUGCUGAAAGCUUCUUAAGUGGUUUAAGUUUUGUUUUCAUUGUUUGCAGCAGAUUACUGGACAUCAAAGAUUUAUUGCACAAGGAACAUAUGAACAAGGAACCUUAUUUUUAAUUUCUGUGUAAUUUUGCAAGGCUGUACAAUGUGCUGAUUCAAGCCUUUUUCAGUUCAAGAGAAUAAAUGUUUACAAAUGUA